CGUUAAAUGCGUGAUGCAUGCGUACAAUUAGCGACCUGUCGUUUUUUAUUUUAUCAUGUGUAAGUAAGUAAAAAUGUAGUUAGGUAAUGUAUUCAAGUGGUGCAAAUGAAACACUGAACUCUGCAUUCAGUAAAUCGUGUCUACGUUGUUUUGUUACAUAAAUACUUUUCUUUGGCGAGCUAUUCAGUCUGGUAUAACCUUGGUGUCUCCGUGGGUGGUUCAGAGGACCGUGGAAUUGCAGUAGCUAGCUUGCUAGCAAUUGUCCCUGGCUACGAUGGCGGGUUUCUGUUGUGCGUUACGGAAAACGUCAUCUGCAAUUAAGAAUCUGACAGAAGCCACACAGCUGCCAUGGAACAUCUUACUCCGGAGCAAGUUCACUAAACCUUGCAUUCCGGACAGGUUGUUUGAGGAAUGGUCCAAGCACCAUGAGAAGUAUGGGGGGGACCCUGAGCAGCCCCACAAGCUACACCUUAUCACGCGGGUCAAGACCACACUGCGCCGGCCUUACUGGGAGAAGAAGAUUGUGCACGAUUUAGGCUUGGACAAGCCUCACCAACCUCGAGUGCAUAAGAAUAUUCCCACUGUCAAUGACAAACUGAAGAUGAUAAAGCACCUUGUGAAGAUCCAGCCCCUGAAGCUGCCCCACGGGCUGCCCUCCGAGGAGGACAUGGCUAACACCAUCUUAAAGAGCAACGGCGAGCUGGUAAUCAGAAAGCGCCUCAAACCACUGGAGCCAAAGGCCAUCGAGUCGUAGCCCGACAAAACACAGCAC